AUGUCUGUGAAGAGAAAAACUUCAGGAUUUUCAUUCCUCAUUCUGACUGGUCUAGCCUUGUUGCUGAUAGAUCAGGCGGCUGGUAUGUUACUUUAGCCGAGGAUAAUAAUUUUUUUUUGAACACGGAUAGUACUUGAUACGCCAAAUAUCUACAUUCUUGGUGUAAACAAUGCGGUGAAUGAUUUUUUUUAGCCCACACAAUCACACGACCUGGACUCUUUUGUUCGAUAAGCAGAAUCUUAUGUACUUUACAGAAUGAGUACUAAAAAGUUUGAGCACAUCAAAUUAAAAGGAUUUAUGCAAUUAUUCGUAUAUCAGUUAAAUCAAAUUAAAGCGUAAAUCAAAUUUACUGUAAGAAUCGAAUAAUACGCUGGGUAAAUUAUUUUCAUCUACCCAUUUCUUCAUGCAAUGAUUCCCAUUUAUUUUUUAAUACAAUUGACAGGAAAGCGUCCUGACAAGAUACUAGAUUUCGAAGACGCGACUGAGAAAAGCUGCCUCGUCACAGUGCCGAAAAAACAGGGAAAGAUUUCUUUCUCGACAUCAGUGGCCAAACACGGGACAACUUCACUGAAAUGGAAAUCGAGUGCCAACGGAGAAUCUAAAUUAAGGUACGCGCUUCCAAAAUCCGCUCACAUCAACGGAAAGGAACUCAAAGGAGGAGGUGUUAAAAUGUGGAUCUACAAGGAUACUCCUUCUAGUGGAAGUAAGAUGGAAGUAAGGCUGGCAGAAAAAAAAAAGAAGAAAAUGGUUACGCGGGUAGGAUCUUUUGAAAUCAACCUGGGAUUUUCAGGCUGGAGAGGAAUAUGGAUGUCAUUCGAUGAAUGCAAACAAAAUAAAGACAGCCUCAAAAGUUCAUCAUCGAUCACAAGGAUGGACUUUGUUCUAAACCAUGAAGAUACCAUUUACAUAGAUUUACUUGGCUUUGUGGCAAAAAUGUCCAAACAAUCUCGCGAUAAGAUUGUUCCAACAAUCACGAAAUUUGGCUCAAAGUACGAUUCCAGUAACUUUUGGCAGCAGACUUAUCGCUGGAGUCAGCAGAAACCUUCUGCUCUUCCGACCUCUGUCGAUUCUUCGAAGACUACUCACCUUGCUCACAUUGAAAGUCGCUUACAUAACUGGUAUGCUGAUGAGACACAAACCACUUAUGAUUUCAUGGGAGAGAUGAAGAGACGUUGGAAUACCCUUCAGGAGAGCUUCAAUGAUGCCCAUAAAGAAUACGAUAGACUAACAUUUACAAGUAAGCCCGAUUCAAGUACUCCUGGCUCCACUAAAAUUGUGAUCACCGCUCCUCCAUUAUUUUGUCGUAACUGUAAAAUGGGGACGAGGACAUAUUCAGCAACUGAUCCAACCAGAAAGUUCAGCUUUCCUAUUAUGCGUAUUAUGUUGCCUCUAGCUCUCGAGUAUUACCUUAAGUCCCGUCCCAACGAAAUAACUAAGACAGUAAAUAAAGAGAAGUCCAAACUGUGUUCUGGAGAUGCUACCAAGGUGCAACGAUCCGUCCAAAAGAUUUGCGGAAAAUGGACAAAGAGACAGGAUGAGUUCCGAAACUAUCUCAGCACUUUAGCAUGUACCAAAAACAACGUCCGUAAAUCACUGCAGUUUAUUAACAAAGCACGCCUUCAGAGAAUCCUCAAUCUACUUGACUAUAUUGAAGAUCAAGGAUGGGCAGAUGGAAGUGGAAUAGGCUCCCUUGAUCAUGAAAUGAAUCGAGAUGGUGCUGGAUACAUGCACACUCUUUUUCUUCUGAAGAACUCUUUACACCAGGACCCAAGAAAUAAAACCAGAUUGGUGAAUAUGAUAAACACUUCCAAAUGGUACAAUGAUUUUGGAGAAGUUUAUCAAUCAAACUUCGAGUUCAAAGGAACGACGGCCGACAGAAUGAUCACAAUAUUGCUAUUUCGACUGAUGAUUGUCUUGGCGAUGCCUGCUACCACAGAUAUGGAAAAAAAGGAAAGGCAAAGGGAUAUGGAUGCUUUGAAAAAGUGGAUGGAUAAUGCCCUGAGUAUCAACAAAGCAUUCGGAGGAGUCAUCAAACCUGAUUAUACCGGUUUUCAUCACAAAGCGUUCUACGCAUCUGCCUACGUUCCACAAGCUUUGCACACAGCAGCACAAGUGCAAUAUCUGUUAGAAGGAACAAACUUUGCUUUAUCAGAUGCAUCUAAACGAAAUUUACUUGAGGCUCUCAAAACAAUGAGGCUUAUAUCCGUGAAGUACUCUACCCCAAGCAGUGUUGGAGGACGUUUCCCAGACUUUUCAAAGGAGGCUCUGAUAAAUAUCCUCCCGGCAUACGCGUACAUCAGUGUCUCCUAUUCAUCCCAGUCAUUGGCAUCGACUCCACCGAAAGGGAUAACUAUUCCAAAUACCAAAAACGCAGGCAUGUUUCUACGUUUGUAUGAAACAUCGGACAAAAAUGUGAAAAAGUAUAUGGAAGAUGGAAAGGUUUACAGGGGUAAAUCGUACAUGAACAGUCUUGGAUGCCUGAAAAUAAUGAAUGAGGUAAGUUAAUCAAGUUGAUUGGGCAAAGUGAACAGCUUGAUUUUCUGAUACAAAUACUCGCACAAAAAAGCGUGGUUAAAAAAUAGGAUGGUUUUUAGAUAAAAGUUGUUCAUCCUCUAUUUUGUCUAACAUUGGUGUAUCAAUAGAUUAUUGACAACAAUAAAAAAAAAGUAGUCAGAAAAAAAUUUUGGAGAACGAAUAUCGCAAUACUAUAGGAAAUCGAAGAAAAAUAAUGAUUAACAAUUGGAUAAUUUGAUUCGAGAUUUUCAAUUGCUUAGUCUCAAUGGUUAAUGAGCUGCUAAUAUAUGACUAAUCACACAGACUUAAUUCGUGAAACACCAUUACUGUCGAUCCACUGGGAUAAAGUUUACGGUUAAUUCAUGGGCAAUUUGAUUGGACGUUGUAUUUUUUUGUAUAUAAUUUAGGGCUAAUAAGGGCCAACAUAUAUCAAACUGUACUCUUGAAAAGAGUUUAAAAGGGGCCAGGAUAUCUAUUUGCAUUAAGCGAGAAUACAUAUUGAUUUAAUAAUAUAGUGAAAGUUACGAGUUAACUUACCGCCGUAUUCUUUAAGGUCCCACACUUGCGAAAGAUGAAUCUGUUACCUUUUCAUGUUGCAUCGUUAAUUCAAAAGAUCUCUCAAAUGAAGCUAUAGACAGAUAUUUUUUCCAUUACAGCUCAAGUCGAAAGCCUCAACCUAUGAGCACUCUCCUGAAGGUCACUGGUCCAAGAACUUUGCUGCUCUCUCAAUACAUCGUCGUAAGGACUGGGCCGUUACAGUCAAAGGUUUCAACAGGUUUGUCUGGGACUUUGAGGGCUCCACAAAGAAGAAAACACCAGAAAAUGCCUUUGGUACCUAUCAAAGCCAUGGUUCAAUGUUGAUAGCAAAUAGUGAAGAGGCGCUAAAAGCUCACGAUAUAGAUAACGGAUGGGACUGGACAAAGGUUCCUGGAGCAACGACGAUGACUUUGACACUAUCGCAAAUAAGGCUCAAAAAGGCACGAAAUUUUAGUCCACUUUCCUAUGCUGGCGGAGUUACCUAUAAAGGACCACAGCCUUUAUCCAGCGGAGUAUUUGGAAUGGACUUUCAUCAACCAGAAUAUCAAUUUUUUGAAGAGGAUCAUCCGCAUCCUAAAGUUAAGCUUCACUUUAAGAAAUCUGUCUUCUUUUUCCAAAAUGUUUUAGUUUGUCUUGGAAGCGACAUUAAAAUAGAUAAUGGCGGAACAGCAACUAAGGCGCGAACGACACUGUUUCAAGACAAACUAGUUAGAGGUGCAUCUAAAUUUUCCAUCAAAAUGGACGGCGUGACCAAAGACAGCUCAGAUCUAUUCGAAGCUGUAAACCCCCUUUCUAAAAACAAGAAAGAUGGCUAUACUACUUUAGUCGACACCAAAGGCAACAGUUAUUACAUUCCAAGAUCGAGUGCAUCUGAUCUCAAGGUACAUGUCCAGAUUCAAAGUUCGCAAACUGUAGCUGCUGUCUGCUCCAGCGGUAUUUAUGCAACAGCCUGGCUAGAGCACAAUUCCAAGAAUGCCAAGUACGAGUACGCUGUAUUUGUAAAAACAGACUCUUACAGAAGCACUGCCACCGCUAACUGGGAUCGCCUACACAUGAAUUCAAAUCGGAUGCUGUACUCGGUUCUGCAACAAGACGAUAAGGCACACGUGGUACAAUUUGGUAUAUCACCACAACGUAAUGCCAUCAUAACACCAUUGUACGGUUACGUAAUCUUUGAUGCCACGUCAAAACUCCCCAAGGGUGGUUUAAUCACAGAAGUGACCAAGCAAUGUCGCAUCAUGGUCGAGCAGAAUUCCCGAUUCGUCUUUUUAAGCAUCAGCUACCCUGACUUGAAUUUCAAUGUCGACGGGGAGCUGAAAACGUCAGGCGACGUCAAUAAGGAGGAACUCUAUGAGCUAGAAAGUCGGGAGGUGGAAAUUGAGGUCACCUUGUCAGUGGAUGUGAAAACAACCCUCCCUGGUUCAGCGGUUAUCGUGCAUGGAUCUCCUGCCGGGUAUCAACCGAGGGUUGAAGUAGAGCGUCUGGAUUCCUUCCCUACCCCAGGAAAAGGAAAGAUAAUUGUCUUUAAAAAUCUCAAGAAUGGAUUCAGCGUUGAAGUGAAAUUGGAGAAAUAA